CUAGCUUGAAGCUGGUGACUUUCCUCGCAUGGCUCGCUGACCACCAUGUCCAUAUACACGAAGGUAUAUCCAUUUCUGAGAAUGGUGACACUGGGCUAUCCGUCAUUUCGCACCAAGACAGACCAAUUCUCCAUCCGGACAGACUCUUUGCCAUUCCAAAAACGUCCGUCCUCUCAGUCAGGACGUGUACUCGUGCACACCAAAUCUCCUGGCAUCCCUGCGGACACGGAUCCGUCCUCGCCCUGUCAUUUGCAUUGUAUUCGGAGCUGUGAGUUUCAAUCUAUGGACAUACAACGCACAUUCGGCGUGGUGGCUUUUGUACAUAUCUCCUACUUGCUUCUGACAACAACAGUGGCUUGUAAGGCUCAUAGGACCACGCUCGCGAUGGCAUGGAUACUUGCAGUCUCUCCCUACACCCACUGUUCCCAUUGCCCGGCUUUGGGGCCAUCCUGCGGUUUUCGGUGACGACGAUGCCAUGGCCGCGGCGGAGUGGAUCAGAGGCUCCGAAGUAGAACGAGAGUUGCACAACGAUGAAGGCGGAUCACUUCAGGGGGAGAUAGAUGAUUUCUACGUCUCAGAUGUAUACCCGCUACUGUCCUCUAUGGACAUGCAACCGACCCACGCCGGCUUUCUCCGAGCAUACUCCCUUGUCUGCUCGAGAGCUUUCCAAAUCGAUGCAUACCACGGCCUCUCCAUGGUGCCACUUGCAGAUGCAUUCAACCAUAGCCACGAAAACCACGUACAACUAGCGAGCGAGUACGACGUUUGUCCGGCUUGCGGCUCGCUGUCGGAGUGUCCGCACGAUCGUGAGGACGGAUCAUCAAUACAAGCGGAUCAACCUAUUGCCGUCACACCAUCCAUCGAUCCUACUGAUACGGUCGACAUGGUCACGGUGCGCUCUAUACCGCCAGGUGUCGAGGUCUUCAACACAUACGGGGAAACUCUAGGCAACGCCGCUCUUCUCGCACGCUACGGCUUCAUGCUGAACGGUUCAGAAGCCGAUACGGUCACUUUCGGGUGGCACGGGUCAUCUCUCGAACUGCGCCCCGGCGACUCAUACUGGAAGAGCGUCUACGACCUCGUCGUGGAACCAGCGGGUGGAAUCCUUGCAAGCAGUCUCAUGGUGUACUUCCCCGAUAUGGAGCCCGACAUAAGCCCCGUCCUGUCCAUUGAUAGUGAUGGUCGAGUCUCCAUUGCACUCUUCGUGUGGGCGAUAGUGGAAUCUAUGAGUGUGCAAUAUGGGGCUGAGUCCACAGAGCUCAGUGUCUCUGUGCUGCGCUGCCUAUUACGAGUAGAGGCGCUUCGCGACAUGGAAGAACGGGACGAAGACAUAGAGAUACCAUCAGAAGCUGGGCCACCUCCUGGUCCUACAGCUGCUCUAUUUCUUGCGCAGACUGCAAAAGAAUUAGAUAACCUCUGUCGCACGAGAGUAGCCAAUAUGGGUCGAGUGGAAUAUCGGGGGACAAACAUGGAAGUGCUUGGCGAAGUGUUUGACGACCUCCCUGCAGAUAGACCGAAAACACGCCUUGCGCUGGAGUACCUUCUGGGAGAGCGUGCAGUGCUGGAAGUUUGUGCAGCAGGAUGGGAGGAGGUGAAGAAUAUCGCCGAUACCUUAUCCCUUGGAUAAUGAGGCGCGCGGAAUUCGUCCAGGUUUGGAGCGCUGCUGAUAUCGGCAGAACAUUCGCCCAGCCGUACCAUUUCUCGGAAGUCCAGAUGUACGGCACAGACUUAACGCAGGAAUUCAUCGUCGUUCUGGCGUCAUCGUAGGGUCGACAUUUGGGAUGGUGAUACACGCCGGGGCACAGGGCAAACACACCGCAUUUUGUUGUAAUUAUACGACAAGCCCAAGUGGCGAGAUUACGAAUUGUUUACAUAUCGGUGAG